AUGGUGGAUGGAUUUGCAUCAGGCCGUAAAAGUACAAGAAGGCCAGAGCUGCCUUCGCGCGAGCAGCCAUCCAUCCCCCCUCCAUCGGCCCAUCGCUCCCUCCGGACACGACCGUGCCUGGCUCCUCCUCCCCUCAUCAUGCAUCCAGCCAGACACGUCUCCGGCGCACUUUCCUCCAUGAAUCCCCACAAUCCCCAAGGAAGCGCCACCUCUCGCCAACCACAUGGGAGGACCCAGCAGCAGCAGCAGCAGGAGAGCAAUCCGUGGUUCUACGACGACCCUAGCAAGGCUAACCAGCAGCACCAGGCAGCGGCAUCGUCGUCGUCAUCGAGCAUGAUCGGCCCCACGAGCACGUUCUACAACCCAGACGACCUGCAGCAGCAGAGGGACGGCGCACAGUAUCAGCAGUGGCUCGACACCUUCGGCACCCAGCCGCCCCUCGAUUUCACCUCAUCGUAUCGGCGCGAUGGCCUCCAACAGGAGCCGCAACAACAGCAGAACAACCCGUACGGGUACAUACCCGGCCAGUACGCACCUUCUCCCAACUCGAUCGGGGGGUACGCGGGGUCGUCGAGCAGCGCGACCGUCACAGGCGGGCCCUCCGGGGUAGGCGUCGGUGUGGGCGUGGGCGGGGUACUCAAUCCUGUGGGUGGGGACCCCACGACGUUCGGCGCGCCGGGCGACAUGUACUACUACAACGAGCUGCUCGCGAACUCUGUGGCGUCGAGUCCCGACCAGGGCGGAGGCGGGAGCGGGUACCACCAUCACUCGACGCCCGAGUCUACGUUGCAUUCGUACUCGAACACACCCGAUCCGGUGUACCAGCAGCAACAACAUUAUGCUCAACAGCCCGCCCUGCCCCAGUCCCAGGCACCGCGAGCCCAGCAGGGUCCGCCCCAGCACCAUUCCCAACACCCAUCACACCAGCAACAGCAACAGCAGCAAAGGCAGCACGCUCCGCUCCCCCGGCACGCCCAAUCCAAACCCGCCACUACCACUACUGGUGUCAACUCCCUCUCAGGAGGCGGCCCCCCACCCUUCCAGCAGACCCGCUUCGUGUCACACAACCGUAACGAGCACCCCUCGCAUCCACACUCGACUUCUCAUCCACACUCAACCCCUUCCUCCUUAUCGCCACCUUCCAUAUCGUGGCCGAGCGAAGCUGGCGUCGGAGUUGGGGUGAGCUAUCCGAACCACACAAACGCCAAUCCAAACCCAAACCAGACGCAGAACGCACCUAAUCCGGGUGGUCAAGGAGCUCAAGGAGCUGGUCCAUCCAGAAGUGGUGCUGGUGCUGCAGGAGGGUCAGGAGGGCUCGUGCAGGCGCAGGCGUACAAAGUCCCGUCAAGCAGCAGCGCACCGAACUCGAAUCAAAAACGGAACACAGGAAACCCCCAGCCUCAAUCCUCGUCCUCAGCGCCGGUGGCUGGCCCAUCGACGCUCAGCCCGAGCCCCUCCGGGACCGGGAAGCGCAAGCGCGUCAAAAAAGACGACACGCGCACGCACACCCCAUCCACCGACUGGUCUUCAGGAGCUGGUGGCGUUGGAGGUGUUCGCGGUGGCGUCAGCCUCGGAGGGGGCGGGGGCGGUGGCGGUGGUCGAGGUGGCGGCAUCGGAAGUAUGGGUCAAGGUAGUAUGGGAGGCGUUGGAAGUAUGGGCGGAGGAAAUAUAGGUGGCGUAGGAAGCAUGGGAGGAGGCUUCAGCGACUCGGACAGCGAGGACGACGAUACCUCGGGGCUCGCGAUGAGCGGCGGGAUCAGCGUGGGCAUGGGUGGCCUCGGCGUCGUGGGCAAGGGCGGGGGCAGGAGGGAGAAGGGGGCGAGGCUUCCCGGAGCCUGCACACAUUGCAAGAAAUUGAAGAUGAAAUGCGACUUUCCGAAGCAUGACAAUACGUGCAAGCGCUGCAAGUCUGGCGGUCAUGUGUGUAUCGUCGAGGGGCGGAGGCCGAGGACGGCGCCAAACAAACGGGAGUAUCUUCUCGCGCAGAUCAGGCAGAAGGAUGCGAUUAUCGAGUCGCUCUUAAAGCAGCUGCACAAUCCAUAUCUCGCCACCCCGCUCUCGAUAGCGUCGUACCGAAUGGCGACAUCGCCUUCGGACCAAAACAACCGCAACGUCCUUGCAUGGCUGGACCGCCUCCAGUCCAGCGUGCGCGAUGCAGGGAACAACAAAGGCACGCCGUAUGCUUUCUCAGAGCUUCGGAAUAUCGACGGCAUCGAAGACGACUCGGACAACGAGUCGGAGAAGAAGCGGGGCAAUGGGUCUCCUGCUACGACGCUGAAAGAGCUCGAUGGGAACGAUGCCGGUGCCGCAGACGAUGGCGACGAGGCGAACGAGAAAAUGCAGUCGGCGCUGCCGGACGCGCAUGUCCCGCUAGGGUUGAUCGCGGACUUGAGCUUGAGCAAUAGCAAGACCAAGUCGAGUCGGAAGAAGGACCAGAACAAGGACGCUGCUGCUGCUGCUGCGAUCCAGGAAGAGGACUACAACGACGACAAUGUGGGCGUGGCCAACGAAACAUAUUUCAUGCCUGGCCCAGCGACGGACCUUGGGAUCAGGGCGACGCUCAUUGAGCAGCAUAGCCCACCGGAAAUCCUCGUCCAUGGACUCGUGAAGCCUGAGGACGUCGAGAAGCUCUUCCAGAUCUUCUAUGAGCGAGUGAACCCUUUCAUCUCACUUCUGGAUCCUGUUUUGCACACCCCUGCGUCCACGUUCGCUCGGUGUCCUUUCCUAUUUACGGUUGUUUGUGCUAUAGCCUCAAGGUACUACGCCGACAAGUCCGAGAUCUACCCUAUCGCAAUGCACUUUGCCAAACAUUCAGCUGCGAACGCGCUAAUUGACGGGUGGAAAUCUGUCGAGUUGUGCCAGGCGUACAUCCUCAUGAGUAUCUACGCCGUGCCUGCCCGGAGGUGGGAGGAGGAUCGCAGCUGGCUCUACACCGGUUUGGCUAUCAGAAUCGCCACCGACCUGAAUCUGCAUCAGGUGACGAUGACAAAAACGACAUCGGAGAAGCAGGAGCGAGAGAUCCUGAACAAGACGCGUGUGUGGAUGAUCUGCUUUAACUUGGAUAGGUCUACGGCGACACAGUUUGGGAAGCCGUCCACGAUAAAGGAGGACUUCAUCACGAAGGGCGCCAAGGAUUGGUACAGGAAAUCUCAGUACAACCACUGCUACGAUAUCCAUCUGUGCGCAUAUUCGGCACUGCUGCAGAUUGUUGCCAAAUUCCAUGACGAGAUCUUCAGCGAUUCGUCUUCGCCGACUGGGCUCAACAAGAAAGUCGACUUUAGAGCCAUCACCCUCGCUCAUGAUGCUAAUCUGACCAAAUAUCAUGAAGAGUGGUCGCAACGGUUCAAGACAGAUUCGGACUCCAACGACCCUGCCUGCGUUUUCCGGUGUUCUCUCCUGCCGUUCCUUGUUGGCUACUCACGCCUGGUCAUGUUCUCCUUCGGCUUCCAACAAGCAUACCAGCGAGGUUUUGAACCUGGAGACCGUAUCUUCUUUACGACAUGUUUGGACGCUGCAAAGGCGGUCAUCGAAAACAUGAUUGAUGGUCUUGCGCCCAGUGGGUAUAUGCGAUUCGCGCCUGAUGGACACUUCAUCUUUGCCUCGUUCGCAUCUGCCUUCUUGCUCAAGCUUCUCAAACCGGAGUUCUCUUCGUUCCUCGUGAAAGAACAAGAAAAUGAGAUCUUUGACCUCAUUGGUCGUCUCAUCCAAACAUUGAGCUCGCCCAAGAUCUCUAUCGACGAUCGACACACGCCGAAACUUUACGCACGCUUCCUCGCAGGAUUGCUUUCGCGUCAUCGACGUGACGGCGCUACCGUCGGACGCCUGCAAACUAUGCCUCCUCCAUCCAACCAGGUCUCCGGUUCGGCCCCACAAGCAUCAACCUCGAGUGUAUCCUCCUUCUCUCUUUCUCGCCCGUCAGGUUCUAGUAUGCAAGGUGGCGAGUCGUCAUUCAGUCAGGGAACGGGUGGUGGUAUGAAUCAAGCGAUGGACACACCGAUAUACAUGCCCGAGGCGACCUUUGCUGCCGGAACUGGCGCGAUCCACUUCGCAGCUGAUUUCGAUAUGGCUUAUGAAGGCAAUAGCUUCUCGGACGAGGAGAUGCUUGCGACGAUGCAGGCGAUCAAGAACCCGGCCUGGUGGUCGAACAUGAUGAUGCCUGGCUUCUCAUGGCCUGAGGGUUCGCCUUCUCCGCCAGCGAACCAGAUGCCCUCUCCGUACACAUCAAACUUGGCACCAGUAGCUAGCAUGCCCGGACUGCCGGCAUUGCACCCUUCACUUGCUUCUGGACGAGAUUUGGAUAUCUUCAAGGAUGAUCAACCCACUCUGACGAACAAUGAAGCCACGACGAGUGGCAGCAUAAUCAAUCCCAACCACAGGCAGAUCUAUGUCAUGGAAGCCAGUUGCCCCCAUCUUGGGGCGGAUAUGUCACAUGCAGAGAUUGAGGAGUGCGAGAGCAGCGUUGUUGCCGUUUGUCCGUGGCAUAGAUAUGAUUUUGAUUUGAAAACAGGCAAAAGCGAAACGGGACUCAGAACAUGUACUUAUUCUGUCGAAGUCAAGACUGAUCCGGAAGAUGGGCUAGAGAAAGUAUUUAUGGAAACACCAGAAGGAGGAAGUAAUUGGCGAUUGGUUGAGCUGCGACCUGUAUCGGAAGAGUUCGCUGACCCUCCACCAUCGGCACCGGUCCAUAUUCUUCCUCAAGUCGCUACCCAAGCGGAGCCGCAAGAGCAGGAACCUGUAGUGCCCACAACAGGAGCGCCGAAGACGCUGAUGGAGUGGGCUGUGCUCAUUCUCAAUACCCCAAAUCCUACACUGAAGGUCGAACGGACGCGCCACGCCGUGCAUCUAUUUCGGACAGCCAAACUAACGUCCAUUGGCAACAAAGCAAAGAUCGCUCCUCGGCCCCCAGAUGUGCCGCCCAGAGAGGCUUUUUUCGCUCGAAACACGGUAGACCCGAACAAAGUGAAGAACCGAAAGAAUAGAGCUGUGAUGCUGCACGCUCUGGCGAACAUUGAACAGUGGGCAAUCGACCUGGCCUGGGAUAUCAUAGCGCGGUUCGGCCCGAAACACCCUGACAUCCCUCCCACAUUCUUUGUCGACUUUACGAAAAUGGCUCUGGAUGAAUCAAAGCACUUCUCCCUCUUGACGUCACGUCUGGCAGCGACCUCGCCAUCGACCCCAUACGGUAGUAUGCCUGUCCACGCCUCUCUAUGGGAAUCUGCCAUCGUCACUGCGGACUCUUUCCGCGCCAGGCUUGCCAUCAUCCACCUCGUGCACGAAGCACGCGGCCUGGACGUAAACCCCGCCACGAUUGAGCGUUUCCGGCGUGCAGGCGACCAUGACACAGUCAAAGUCAUGGAGAUCAUCCAUGCAGACGAGGUGACGCAUGUUACGUCGGGUCAUCGGUGGUUUACGUGGAUUUGUGCGCAGGCCAACGCAGGAAAAGGUGUCGAUCCUGUUGAAGCAUUUAGGGAGGAAGUGAAGAGGGGUUGGAGGGGUGAGGUCAAGGGCCCGUUCAAUGUCGCCGAUCGCGAGAAAGCUGGAUUGACGCCCAUGUUCUACCAAAAUCUCCACGGAGAAAUGGGCCUAGAGAACAGAGAAGUGGCUGAAAAGGGUGACGAAGAGACUGAGAACCAUGGAUCUGUGGAGUCAAUGGGGACUCUCUCUAUCGGGUACGAUGGGCAGUAG